CAUCAUUCCACCUAGUUUCCUCCGCUUCUCUAACUAGACUAAGUCCAAGAAGUCCAAGCUAUCUCUAUUCAUAGACUGAUAACAGUUCUCUCUCUCUCUCCCCUUCUCUCUCAAAUUCCUAACAAAACCCCUAUUCUCUCGCCUCACGCUUUGCUUGCUCACUUUCCAAUACUAUCAAACGUUGGAGGGAAAUUAAGGAGUGCAUGACUGCACGCAUGAAAGCUUCCUUUCCAACCAACCACUUCAUUUUAGGUUUCAAUCCGUCCAAUCCACACAAAGAAGAAGAAGAGAUAUGAGUCACCACAGGACCCACUCUUUAGGGAACAUGCCCUUCUCAUGGGAGAACCAGCCAGGGGUGUCCAAGGUCGCACCAAGCACCGAGGAGAGGCCAAAGGGCGCCGGGCCACCCCACGAGCCACUCAAGCUGCCACCGCCACCGUUCUCGACCGAUAGCCCGAAGCUCGCAGCGCAUGGCCUGUACGUCCCUCUCCCUCCAUGCCCCUUCCAGCCUACUCGAGUUAUCUUGUCGAAGAAAGGGAUGUCACGAAGGGAGCAGGAUCCCUUCCUCGCCGCCUACUUGGAGUGCACCAAGAGUGUUAAUAAGCAAAAGAAGGCCUCUAAAUGUAAGGCCGGCCUGCAGAAGGCUAGGCUUGUGUUUUCUUGCAAGCAUACAUGUGGAGUUAGGGAGGAUGGUAUGGUGAGGCUGUCGCAACUUCCUGGAAUCCAUCUUAAAGGGGAGAGAGUGGGGAGAGGAGAAGGAAGGAUGGGGAUCAACAGUCUCAAGGGCAGAGGUUAUUAAUUCUUUUCGUUUUGGUUUUGUUAAUUUGCCUCAAGUUCUGAAGAGAUUUUGAUAAAUAAAAACACUUCUUUAAUUUCAUGUUA